AAAGCUGUGACAAUUCAUUUUCGGCACUAGUAUAAAUACGCUAGUGACAAUGUUUUCUCUUAUCAGUCAAUCUGUAAUCAUUGGAAAUAUAGCAACAUGGCCGUCAAGAUUACCUUCAGCAUCCUUAUAGCAGUUCUAUUAGCCAGAAACAGGGUCGAUGCCUCAGGAGUUGCACCUUUAUUUGCUCCAGCACCAGUAUUAGCCCCAGCACCAGUUCUAGCUCCAGCUCCAGUUUUGGCCAAAGUUUCUGAUGCCACAAUUGACCCCAAUCCUGCAUAUUCAUUUGCGUAUGACGUGCAGGAUGCCCUAACAGGAGAUUCAAAAGGACAAGUUGAAAGCAGAGCCAACGGCGUUGUAAGAGGACAAUAUCAAGUAGCAGAUCCAGACGGUACCAGAAGAAUUGUAGAUUAUUACGCCGAUCCUGUGCAUGGAUUCAAUGCUGUGGUCAGAAGAGUUCCUCUAGGUGUUGCAGUUGCUCCUGUCGUAGCCAAAGCUGUAGCUCCUGUUGCUCCAAUCGCUCCCGUCGCUAGAUCAUUAGUCCUUCCUGCUCCAGGGCUUCCAGUUGCUGCCGCUCCUGUACCAGUAGCUCCAGCAUUACCUUUCGCCGCACCAGCAGUAGCACCAGCUCUUCCAUUUGCCGCUGCUCCAGCUGUAGCACCAGCUCUUCCAUUCGCAGCUCCAGCUGUAGCACCAGCAUUGCCGUAUGCUGCAGCUCCAGCUAUUUCUCCAUACUUAACCAGAGCUGGAUUCUUCCCAGCUCCAGCUCCAGCCGUAGUUCCUGCUGCUCCAGGUCCUGCAUACUUGCCUGCUGCUCCAUCAAGAUUGGUUUCACCCUAUUCGGUAGCCGCACCCUUGCCUUCAGGUUUGAGGAGUUUAGUGACCCCCUUCUCAGCGGGUCCUGCUCCACUAGCCGUUGGAUCAGGGGUAGCGGCGCCGUAUUGGUAAACCCCGGCCGUGUACUAAAUAUUGACUGACUAUAUAUUUUUUAAGUAGUUUACAUUUGUUUUAUUGUUUCUAGUAUUUUUAUUGUAAAUAAAUAUCCUAUAUUUUUAUCUUAAAAAAA